AGGAAGGGUGCAAAACGGCAUGGCAUCACAAAUCCGACGUGGUGAACAAUGAUUGGUUAGAACCAGCAAAGGCUCACGGUGAUUGGUUAGUUUCACAACGAACACGUUGCAAAGCGUAGUGUCGACUCCAUAGUCAAGUCUUCGCGGAACCACUUCCACGCCUGUCACUGUAAAAUCUCCGUCGUUACUGAAACAAAAACCGAUUCAAUAACACAUUGAUACGCGAACACAACACAACACAACACAUUUCGUGUUUUGAUCUCAAACCCUAAAUUCGCAACGAGAUCCAAACGAGUAUAUCAGAGUUCUGAGAUUGCGUAACGGAGAAAGAUCCGAAUCUCAAUGGCGCAUCGAAGAGCCAAAUUGCUGUUCCUUCUCUGCGCUAUUUGCUAUUCUCUCAAUGCCAUUGCCGCAAAGAGCUAUUAUGAUAUACUUCAAGUGUCGAAAGGUGCAUCGGAUGAUCAGAUUAAGAGAGCAUAUAGGAAGCUUGCAUUGAAGUAUCAUCCUGAUAAGAAUCAGGGAAAUGAAGAAGCUAAUAAGAAAUUUGCCGAGAUUAACAAUGCUUAUGAAGUAUUGUCGGAUAGCGAGAAGAGAAAUAUUUACGAUAAGUAUGGUGAAGAGGGAUUGAAGCAGCAUGCUGCUGGUGGAGGAAGAGGCGGCGGAAUGAACAUGCAGGAUAUUUUUAACUCUUUCUUUGGUGGGGGAUCAAUGGAGGAAGAGGAGAAAAUUGUAAAAGGUGAUGACGUUAUUGUUGAUUUGGAUGCAACCCUCGAAGAUUUGUACAUGGGUGGUUCCUUGAAGGUUUGGAGGGAGAAAAAUGUUGUAAAGCCAGCACCUGGAAAAAGACGCUGUAACUGUAGAAAUGAGGUUUAUCACAGGCAAAUUGGGCCUGGGAUGUUUCAACAGAUGACAGAGCAGGUCUGUGACCAAUGUGCUAAUGUCAAAUACGUAAGGGAGGGAUAUUUCGUCACUGUUGAUAUUGAGAAAGGCAUGCAAGAUGGCCAGGAGGUGCUAUUUUAUGAGGAUGGCGAACCCAUAAUUGAUGGAGAAUCUGGAGAUUUAAGGUUUCGUAUCCGUACCGCACCUCAUGAGCUUUUCAGAAGGGAAGGCAAUGACUUACAUACCACUGUCACUAUUACCCUGGUUCAAGCCCUUGUUGGUUUUGAGAAGACCAUUAAACACCUUGAUGAACAUCUAGUCGACAUAAGCGCCAAGGGAAUCACAAAUCCAAAGCAAGUAAGAAAGUUCAAAGGGGAGGGUAUGCCGUUGCAUGUCAGCACAAAGAAAGGAGAUCUUUACGUCACUUUUGAGGUUCUGUUCCCCACGUCGCUAACAGAGGAGCAGAAAACAAAUAUAAAAUCAAUUCUUGGUUAGAAUACAUUCAGGAUACAUGCUAUUUCGCUCAUUAUGUCCUCAAUGUAACAUGAUUAUUAGGUGGAUGUGAGUUGCAGCAAUUAUACAUGGCUUGGGCUUCUCGCCACCAUUUUUUGUUAGUUAACAAAUAGAUACCUUAUUUUUGUUGUUGAUAGUGAUGUGCCUUCUGUGUUCCAUGUCAUCCCAACUCCCAUGACAGUGCCUUAUUAUGGUGCUAUGUUGAUACAAGGACAUCGCAACACUAGCUGAAAGAAAAACAUACUUGUAUUAGCUUGCUUUGUGUCUGCAAUUGUUCAUCUUGUGAGCUAGGGUAAACACAACCAGAUAAACGGAAUACCUGAUCAAAUGUGUCGGUAGAAGUGAAAGGGUUUUAAUUUGUAUGGCCAAAUAAAUUCUGCGUUUAGAUGUUUGUAACCAAUUAGUUUUUUAAGUUUUUUUUAGUAGUAAAUUGGUCCUUUAAAUUAUAAAAUGCUUGCAUCGUUACUCUUUAUCAUACAACUUUGUCA